AAUUUUUCCAGUAAUAUUACUGAAAUGUUGAUUGACUCAAAAAAUGAUUUAAAUGUUUUAAUAGAAAUUCUUCUUUGCGGAACUUUUAUAACUUCAACGCUUUCUAAAGAAUGGAGAAAAGAUGACGACCCUCCUCUUCUUCCUGAUAUUGCAUCCCCAAUUCAUUAUAUAAUUAAGAUAAGUCCAAAUAUUGAAGAUGAAAAAAAUUUAACUUUUGACGGUGAAUCGGUCAUUGAUUUUGAAAUCAAAGAUGUGACUGAAGUAUUAACUUUAAACGCUAAAAACCUCAAAAUUAUUGGAGAGGUUUCCGUCAGAGACCAAAACCGUAAAUGGGCAACACAAGACUAUUCGAUUGAUUCAAAAACAGAUUUUUUGUCUAUCAAAUUCAACGAAAAAUUACCCAAAGGGAAUUUUACAUUGUACAUAUUCUACAGCGGUAAAAUAAAUACUAGACCUAUAAAAGGUUUAGUUUACAAUACUUAUGAUGACGAGUCAGACGAUGAACAAUGGUUAUUGUUUUCAAAUUUUGGUACCAAUUUUGCCCGUGAAAUAAUGCCAUGCUGGGACGAUCCCUCUACGUUGGCUACUUUUGAGAUUUCCAUUAGACACAAUCGUAAAUAUACAGCCGUAUCAAAUACCCAGUUCGAUUCAAUAAUGAGUGAUGGAAAAAAAUUUAAUUACGUGUGGACGCAUUUUGAAAAAACUCCAAGAUUAUCCGUACGCACGGUAGCUUUUGCUAUGGGUGACUUAGAAUAUUUGUCGGAUGACAGUAAUGCAUACCGUGUAUGGACUCCAAAAAAUGCUAAAAACCACCGAAAAUUUUUCGCUACCAUUGGAGGUAAAGCGUGGAGAGCUAUGGAAAAUAUUACAGGUAUCCAUCAUGAAGAUUAUGUGCUCAAAAAAAUUGAUGUCGUCGUAAUACCUGCCCCGGAAGAAUGGGAUAUGUUGUUUUGGGGGCUGUCAAUUCUCAGCAAAUUUGGAGGGAGUAAAUCAGUUAACCUAAUUGACGAGUAUGCUCUAGCCUCAGAAAGUGAACCAAUGAAAGUAUUUUUAAAAAAAGCGUUGAUUAAUUGGAUGAGUACACAAGGAUAUCCUGUAAUUUACGUUGACAAAAACGAAGCCAACGGAACUAUCAUUACUCAAUCUAGGUUCAAGGCAAACGAAUUCACUAAAUCGACCGAUAGAUAUUGGAUUCCGAUUAGCUGCGCUACCCAAGACUAUCCCAACUUUGAAGAUCUUUCAGACAUCAUAUGGUUUGAUCCUGACUCACCCCACCUCUCUAUUUUCAGAGCUCCCCAAAAUAGUUGGAUUAUUUGCAACAAACGAGAAUUUGGUGACUAUCGGGUCAAUUACGAUAAGAGUAAUUGGGAGUUAAUCAUAAACUAUCUUCAAAGUAACGAUCAUUCAAAAAUCCACCCCCUAAACCGAGCUCAACUCAUUGAUGAUGCAUUUGUUCUUGCUAGUACAAAAUAUAUUGACUACGAUGUUCCUUUAAAACUUAUGGGAUAUCUUCACCGAGAAACAGACUAUCAUCCAUGGGUAGAAUUUUGGCGACGACUACAACAUUUGUAUUACAAUUCACCAUUGCGGAAUUCUCAAUAUUACGAAGAUUUCAAAGGCUAUUUACUGAAGCAAACUUCAAAGAUGGAAGCUGACGUUUUAGUUGAUGUCAAAUCUUACCAGGACGUUCAUUAUUUGACAAAGUUUCAGAAGGCAUCUAUUCUAAAAAUCGACGACUUCUAUAAGUCUGUGCUCUUAUGCAGUGGAGUCAGUAAUGCUGAUUUGAAUACUUGGAAUCAACUGUAUCGAAAGUACAUAUCCGAUAAAGAAGAUGAUAUCUUAUACACCCUUGGGUGUACGUUGAAACAUGAUAUUUUGGCUUAUUUUUUGAGGCUUGUUUUCAACAGCACAAUAGAUGGUUCCGACGAUUUUAACGAUUCAUGGAAAGUAUUUGACAAUAUUAUGAUUGAGAGCGAUAUUGGGGUUGAUGUUAUCCUAGAUAUUCUUAUAGAAAUUCAAUUGAAUUUUCCUGACACUGAUGCUCGAUACGAGUUUGUACACAUUGGAACAUUCGCCAUUAAAAACAGCAUAAAAAAUAAUCUACAAAUGCAAAAGUUUGACAACAUUAUACAGCAUGAUAUUGGACGUAUUGGUAGUACAAAAGCUAAUUCUCACCUAAAAGAAGCUCAGACUAGUAUUAGUCUUGUCCAAUCACAAUCUACCUUUAUGGCUGAAUUUUUUCCGCUUUACAAACAAUCAUAAGUCGUUGGUGCUCAAACCUUGGGACACUGGGUUAAAGUAUUUUUAGAAAAAGCAGGAAUGGAUACAAGUUUUGGUUCAUACAGUGUAAAGCACGCAGCUGUUUCAAAAGCCAAUGCCAAGGGAGUGGAUAAAGAUACAAUAAGACGCACAGCUGGCUUAAAGUCAAAGAACUCAUCAACAUUCGCAAGAUUUUAUAACAGACCAAUACAAAGCUCAAAUGAGACAUUUGCACGUAAUACUGUAAUGUUGAUUGACUCAAAAAAUGAUUUAAAUGUUUUAAUAAAAAUUCUUCUUUGCGGAACUUUUAUAACUUCAACGCUUUCUAAAGAAUGGAGAAAAGAUGACGACCCUCCUCUUCUUCCUGAUAUUGCAUCCCCAAUUCAUUAUAUAAUUAAGAUAAGUCCAAAUAUUGAAGAUGAAAAAAAUUUAACUUUUGACGGUGAAUCGGUCAUUGAUUUUGAAAUCAAAGAUGUGACUGAAGUAUUAACUUUAAACGCUAAAAACCUCAAAAUUAUUGGAGAGGUUUCCGUCAGAGACCAAAACCGUAAAUGGGCAACACAAGACUAUUCGAUUGAUUCAAAAACAGAUUUUUUGUCUAUCAAAUUCAACGAAAAAUUACCCAAAGGGAAUUUUACAUUGUACAUAUUCUACAGCGGUAAAAUAAAUACUAGACCUAUGAAAGGUUUAGUUUACAAUACUUAUGAUGACGAGUCAGACGAUGAACAAUGGUUAUUGUUUUCAAAUUUUGGUACCAAUUUUGCCCGUGAAAUAAUGCCAUGCUGGGACGAUCCCUCUACGUUGGCUACUUUUGAGAUUUCCAUUAGACACAAUCGUAAAUAUACAGCCGUAUCAAAUACCCAGUUCGAUUCAAUAAUGAGUGAUGGAAAAAAAUUUAAUUACGUGUGGACGCAUUUUGAAAAAACUCUAAGAUUAUCCGUACGCACGGUAGCUCUUGCUAUGGGUGACUUAGAAUAUUUGUCGGAUGACAGUAAUGCAUACCGUGUAUGGACUCCAAAAAAUGCUAAAAACCACCGAAAAUUUUUCGCUACCAUUGGAGGUAAAGCGUGGAGAGCUAUGGAAAAUAUUACAGGUAUCCAUCAUGAAGAUUAUGUGCUCAAAAAAAUUGAUGUCGUCGUAAUACCUGCCCCGGAAGAAUGGGAUAUGUUGUUUUGGGGGCUGUCAAUUCUCAGCAAAUUUGGAGGGAGUAAAUCAGUUAAUCUAAUUGACGAGUAUGCUCUAGCCUCAGAAAGGGAACCAAUGAAAGUAUUUUUAAAAAAAGCGUUGAUUAAUUGGAUGAGUACACAAGGAUAUCCUGUAAUUUACGUUGACAAAAACGAAGCCAACGGAACUACCAUUACUCAAUCUAGGUUCAAGGCAAACGAAUUCACUAAAUCGACCGAUAGAUAUUGGAUUCCGAUUAGCUGCGCUACCCAAGACUAUCCCAACUUUGAAGAUCUUUCAGACAUCAUAUGGUUUGAUCCUGACUCACCCCGCCUCUCUAUUUCCAGAGUUCCCCAAAAUAGUUGGAUUAUUUGCAACAAACGAGAAUUUGGUAUAAUUUAUACUCAUAAAUUUCUUAUCAUUCUGAAUAACUGCAAAAUUUUUGAAUGCCGCAGUAACGAUCAUCCAAAAAUCCACCCCCUAAACCGAGCUCAACUCAUUGAUGAUGCAUUUGUUCUUGCUAGUACAAAAUAUAUUGACUACGAUGUUCCUUUAAAACUUAUGGGAUAUCUUCACCGAGAAACAGACUAUCAUCCAUGGGUAGAAUUUUGGCGACGACUACAACAUUUGUAUUACAAUUCACCAUUGCGGAAUUCUCAAUAUUACGAAGAUUUCAAAGGCUAUUUACUGCAGCAAACUUUUAAGUUGGAAGCUGACGUUUUAGUUGACGUCAAAUCUUACCACGACGUUCAUUAUCUGACGAAAUAUCAAAAGGCAUCUGUUCUAAAGUGGGCCUGUAAAUUCAAGUCGUCGCGUUGUCGAACUUAUGCAUCCGAAAAGUUGACCAAGUGGCUUGAUAAUCCUAAACAAUAUCCAAUUGACGACUUCUAUAAGCCUGUGCUCUUAUGCAGUGGAGUCCAUAAUGCCGAUUUGAAUACGUGGAAUCAACUGUAUCGAAAGUACAUAACCGAUAAACAAGAUGAUAUCUUAUACGCCCUUGGGUGUACGUUGAAACAUGAUAUUUUGGCUUAUUUUUUGAGGCUUCUUUUUAACAGCACAAUAGAUGGUUCCGAUGAUUUUAACGAUUCAUGGAAAGUAUUUGACAAUAUUAUAAUUGAGAGCGAUAUUGGGGUUGAUGUUAUCCUAGAUAUUCUUAUAGAGAUUCAAUUGAAUUUUCCUGACACUGAUGCUCGAUAUGAGUUUGUGCGCAGUGGAACAUUCACUAUUAAAAACAGCAUAAAAAAUCAACUACAAAUGUAUCAGUUUAACAACAUUAUACAGCAUGAUAUUGGACGUAUUGGUAGUACAAAAGCUAAUUCUCACCUAAAAGAAGCUCAGACUAGUAUUAGUCUUGUCCAAUCACAAUCUACUUUUAUGGCUGAAUUUUUUUUAUUUCACUAACAAUUAUAG